AUGCCUGCGAGACAGGCUUGCGAAGGGGCUCCAAAAGUGUGGCUGCGACCGGGACGACGGCGGACGGGAGGGUGGCCAGGUGCUCUCGUGGUCCUUCUGGUCGCCUUCCUCGCCCUCACGCUUGUCGAUCUGCCGUACCUCGCAGGCGCAUCUGGUGCCUCUAUAGGAUCACAACGCGAGGUAUCUCCGCGCGCACGAAUCUCUAUAAGAGACUUUGAGAAGCUGUCCGAUGAAGCACUUCGGAAUAUAGCACACCUUUCGGACCCAUCACCGGUGCUCGAUCACCGAUUAUCGUCCUCGCUCUUGUCUGCGAUACUUAUUCCACGCCCUCCAGAUACGCCGAAUAGUAAGAAGGUUCGCGACUUACUCACGGAAGUGUUCAAAAAUCAGCUCGGGAAAGAUGAGCGAAAGGGCCGAACAGGGUGGCAGAUCGAGACACCAGAAUUCAUUGCAGCUACUCCACAAGGGAAACGCAAGAUGACCAACAUCAUCCUUACCAAAAAUCCUGCAGCCCCGCGCAAGCUGGUCUUAGCGGCGCACUACGAUUCCAAAUGGUUUCCUUCCAAUUCGGCCAUGUCCGAGUUCAUCGGUGCCACGGACAGUGCCGCACCAUGUGCCAUCCUUGUGGACACUGCACUAGCACUUGACAGGCUGCUCGACGAAAGAGACCGAAAAGCACAAAGCAGUGAGCCGAGGGAAAGAAUCGAUGACACGACCCUGCAAAUAUUGUUUCUGGAUGGUGAAGAGGCGUACGAAACGUGGACGCACCAAGAUUCGAUUUAUGGAGCGAAAAAUCUCGUUUCUCAAUGGGUCAAGGAGAUGUGGCAGCCGAAAGUACAUCUGUCAGCGCAUCAGUUGGCGUCCAGACGGUACGAGCCGUACAGCUAUCCCACGCGAAAGAUCGACACGAUCGAGCACUUUGUGCUCCUGGACUUGCUCGGCGCGACUGAGCCUAACAUACCAUCCUUCUAUCCUUCGACUGGCUGGCUCCAUAGCGAGCUAAUGGAUCUCGAGAAGCGAAUGAAGCGUUUGGACGCGCUUGCGCCUCCAGGGACCCCCGCGUCCAAGCAAAAAGGUCUAGGAAGCUUCUUUUCUUCGAAUGAACAAUACGGAGGCAUCGAAGAUGAUCAUUUGCCCUUUCUGGCCAAUGGAGUCCCAAUUUUGCAUCUUAUCCCCUAUCCCUUUCCCCACGUUUGGCACCGAAUAUCUGAUAACGCAAACGCGCUCGACUACCCAACGGUGCACGCCUGGGCCAUGUUGAUGCGAGCGUUUGCUGCAGAGUACCUUGGUCUGGACGUCUCCGUUGCGCAGAGCGCCCGAAAGGUCUCAGACGUAAUAAUUGACCAUGACGAGCUCGUGAGUAGGAUCUCGGCAUAUCGCUCAACCGUUUGCUGA